UAUCACAGGCGCGCUCACGCCGGUUAGUCAGUUUUGUUGCUCGUCUCUGUGCUGCGCAGAGGGCACGCGCUCUCGAGUAAAACUUUCUUUUCAUUGAUGAAUUUCAUUGUUAUUAUCAAGAUUCAUUCAUUUAUAAACACACGAUUCAUGCAAAGAUUCACGUGUUGUGAAGUAUAAAGUAUUUGCGCGGUGGAAAAACUUUGCUUUGUUUUGUUCGGAGUAGCGUGUCGCGAUCGCGUGCAAACACAACACUGCACCAAAGAGAGGUUGAUAGGGAAGGAUGAAGACUCCACAUGGACAUCGCUCGAACCAUCAUCAUCAUCAUCGCUCCAAAGAUCCUAAAGUACGUGGUGUUCUGGGUGACCGGUCUGUAGUGAAGAAGAGCUCUCACAGACCCAGACAGCGUAACGCAGUCGAUCAAAACAUCACAUCUGUCCAAUGUCACGCUGAGAAUAUUGUGGGCUGUAGAAUCCAACACACGUGGAAGGAAGACGGUCACAGUCCGGUGUCUCUGUGGACGGGGACCGUUCUCGUCCAGGUACCCGUGAACCCUCAUCUCUACCUCAUCAAGUACGAUGCUGUCGACUGCGUCUACGGCAUUGAGAUUUUCAAAGACACGAGAGUUAAAAACCUUGAGAUUUUAGACAGCCAAAUCGCCUCGUUUCGAGUCAGUGACGGUCUUCUAGCGGACAGACUGCUGGGCCGAGCGGUGGGACACAUGUUUGAACAGGACGAUGGAUCGAAGGAUGAAUGGAGAGGUCUGGUGCUCUCCAGAGCUCCCGUCAUGCCCACCUGGUUCUUCAUAACCUAUGAGAAAGAUCCCACACUUUACAUGUAUCAGCUGUUGCAGGAUUAUAAAGAAGGUGAUCUCCGGAUACUUCCGGAUUUAGAUGAUUCGGGAGAUGUCCGAGAGCCUGGAGAAGUGUUGGACACACUGGUUGGCAAACAGGUGGAGUGUUUGAAUAAAGAUGGCACAGAGAAGAUGGGCACUAUUAUUCAACAGGUUCAGGCUAAACCAUCUGUUUACUUUAUUAAGUUUGAUGAUGACUAUCACAUCUAUGUCUAUGAUAUGAUUGGAUCAUAGAUGUCACAGCUGUGAUUGGUUAAGACUCUGUGUUUUUCAGAUCUCAUCUCAAUUUUUCAGUGUUCUUCAGUAACUACGAAGUUUGGUUAUGAAAAGCAUUUUGUUAAAUUAUAUGUAAAAGUUGUUCACAUGUUUAUAUGACUCUCCAAACAUUUCUAUACUAGUACAGUGUGUUUAAGAGUAUGUUUGUAUUCAGGAGUUUAUCUUUUGUUACAUGUUUAACCUGCUGAAAUGAAAAUGCACAUUUUAGUCUUAGUGAAGGACAGUUUAACAGUGAGUUUUUGGUUAUAAGUUAAAGGUUUAACCUUUUUUCCAUAAUAUCCACAUACUGUAAAAGUGUGUCUUACUGUUCUAUGAAUUAAAGAUAACUCUCUUAACACUGGAAAUACAAAUACAACUGUGUUCAACUUGUAUAAAUCUGAACAGUUUUUCUACAAUAUUUGAAAAAAAAUGUAAUAAAAUCCAUUUGCACUCUU